GUGACUGUCCCAUUUCAUUGCGAAAUACUUUUUUACUUAAAAAAUAGCGCUGCAACCGAACGCAGUUAUACAGUGUCGUUAUAAGAUAUAGAUUGCUUACUAAAUUCCGGAUGCAUUAAAAAAAAUGACAGACAGAUCAGGUAAUCCUCCACCAUACCCUGACCCUAGCAAGGGUUUUUCUGGAACAGAUGUUGGGGGAGCUUACACAACACAAGACAAUGCAUAUCCACCACAGACCGGGGCGUAUCCUCCACACGGUGGAGCUUAUCCAGCACAGCCAGGAUACGGGUUUUCGCAAAACUCGACAACAGCAGUGGUGGUGACUCAGCCAGGCUAUACCGGGCACAUUGUUAUAACGCCACGGACCCCAGAUUACAUGAUCGGGUCUAUUUUUGCUUGUCUUUGUUGUUUCUGGCCAACUGGUCUUUGUGCUAUAUAUUACGCAUCACAGGCAAGACAAUUGGCGGCUGAGGGUGAUAUGACUGGAGCAACAAGCAUGUCGAAUAAAGCGAGAAACCUAAUGAUUUCCAGCGUUAUCAUAGGGGUUAUUUGGAUAACCCUUGUUGUUGUCCUUCGAGUGUCUCUUUAUGCAAAUGAAAGAUAUAAUUAUUAAUUGCGAGCUGUGAUAUGACAAUAUAUCAGACAAACAUACGAAGAACCAGACCUCUUUUAUCACAAUAAAAUUUUACAUAUGUGGAUGGAUUUUUGACUUCAUAAAGACGUGUUACGGCUGGUAGGUUCAUACCGAUUGUUUCUUGUUUGGAAAUACUGCUAAUAUGAACUUUAUGAUGACGGAUUUUCACUAAUCAUUUCUUUCACGUCAAGAAAGGAAAUACCAUCAUUUUUUUCUUUAUCAAUAAGAGAUAAUUGUGUAAAAUAUUUUUAUACGACUAUACCCCACAGCAGAGCUAUUGUAAAAGUGUCUUCUUACGGUUGUAAGCGGACACUUUAUAAAUAGAACUGUCUUGUAUGAACGGACUCUAUCAGUUAACUACCUGCACGUGAAAAUCGUGAACGAAGUCAUAAACUGUGCCUGAUGGAAGAAUGUCCCAUUUCAAGGUGAAUUAAUGUUUGGCUAUCUUCUGUUGAAGGUAUCAAUAUUUUAGAAUUGCAAUGCAAAUAAAGCUUUUUAAACAACACAAGAAAGAGUUAUUAAUUUCAACUUAUAAACAGAACGGCAAUGAUAGCUUUAGACCGCAGUCGGCAUAGAACAUCUGCAAUACCUGACAAAUUAAAAAUUAAGUGAGCCGCGCCAUGUGAAAACU